AUGUCCGAGGUUGAGAAGAAGGAAGAGACUACGCCGAAGGUGGAGACUGAAGUCGCUAAAGACCCAGAGUCUGAGGAGCCACAGGCGUACUUUGAACCCGUGGUGAAGCUUGAUGAGGUGGAGGUGACCACCGGUGAGGAGGAAGAAGAAGUUAUAUACAAACAACGCGCUAAGGCGUUUUGCUACCGCGAAUCGCUUCUCGACAAGGGAACAGGGAAAAAGACAUGGUGCGAACGUGGCGUCGGUGAUGUGCGCUUCUUAAAACACAAGGAGCACCAGAAGGUGCGCAUGCUAAUGCGUCAGGAGAAAACGCACAAAAUUUUGGUGAAUCACUUGGUGGAGUCUCGCACAGAAUUGACACCGAACAUGGGCAGCGACCGCGCUUGGGUCUUUAGUUGCUAUGAUUUUGCUGAGGGAGUUGUGGAAGCACAAGUCUUUGCCCUGCGCUUCGGCAACGCCGAGAAUGCUCAAAAGUUUAAGGAGGCGCACGAUGCUGCUAAGGCAAAUAACAAAAAGCUUGAGGAGGGUGCUGAUGCCUCCGACACUUCCGCUGGAGAUGACGCUGCAAAAGCGCUUGAAACGCUAGACGUCAAGAAGGAGGAAUAA